GGAUCAGCUGCAGCCAUUCACAGCUUAGCUAGGCUGUCACGUGGUACUUGACCCUUUUCGCACGACAUCGCUCGGGUGCUCCGAAAUGUGCCGAUACAUUCCGAACAGCAGUGCAGUGUGCGUGACCCCUGGAAGAAUUUCACAUCGCCAUGUUUAGCAGGGUGGCAAAGACAAGUUUUUCGGCCUUAAGAGCCGCCAAAUCACAAUUUUCACACUCAUUAUCACAACAGACGAGUACAUCAUGGCUACCAGCAGCAACAUGUAGCAGAAGAUCGUAUGCAGCUGAGGCAAAGACCUCAGCGGCACCAGUUACGGGUCAGAUCGUGGCCGUCAUUGGAGCCGUCGUUGACGUUCAGUUCGAGGAUGACCUCCCACCCAUUCUCAAUGCCUUGGAGGUCCAAGGAAGGACAACAAGGCUGGUGUUGGAAGUUGCACAGCAUCUUGGUGAGAACACAGUCAGGACAAUCGCCAUGGACGGCACAGAAGGUCUGAUCCGAGGCCAGAAGUGCGUCGACUCCGGCUCACCCAUCAGCAUCCCCGUCGGCCCCGAGACGCUGGGACGCAUCAUCAAUGUCAUUGGUGAACCCAUCGACGAGAGAGGACCAAUUCCAACAGACAGGAGAUCAGCAAUCCACGCAGAGGCUCCAGAGUUCGUAGAGAUGAGUGUAGCUCAGGAAAUCCUUGUAACAGGAAUCAAGGUUGUAGAUCUACUAGCCCCAUAUGCCAAGGGAGGAAAGAUUGGUCUAUUCGGCGGUGCUGGUGUAGGAAAGACCGUACUCAUCAUGGAGCUGAUUAACAACGUAGCCAAGGCCCAUGGAGGUUACUCCGUGUUUGCUGGUGUAGGAGAGAGGACCCGUGAGGGUAACGAUCUCUACCACGAAAUGAUUGAAGGAGGUGUCAUCUCACUCAAGGAUGACACAUCAAAGGUAGCGCUGGUGUACGGACAGAUGAACGAGCCUCCCGGUGCCCGUGCCCGUGUUGCCUUGACCGGACUGACCGUUGCCGAGUACUUCCGUGACCAAGAGGGACAGGAUGUGUUGCUCUUCAUUGACAACAUCUUCCGCUUCACACAAGCUGGAUCAGAGGUGUCCGCUCUGCUGGGACGUAUCCCAUCCGCCGUAGGAUACCAGCCAACCUUGGCCACUGACAUGGGUACUAUGCAGGAGCGUAUCACCACCACCAAGAAGGGAUCCAUCACUUCAGUACAGGCUAUCUACGUGCCCGCUGACGAUUUGACCGAUCCUGCCCCUGCCACCACCUUCGCUCAUUUGGACGCCACCACCGUGUUGUCCCGUGGUAUCGCCGAGCUGGGUAUCUACCCCGCCGUGGAUCCCCUGGAUUCAUCCUCCCGUAUCAUGGACCCCAACGUCGUGGGAGAGCGCCACUACUCCAUCGCUCGUGGAGUGCAGAAAAUCCUUCAGGACAACAAGACCCUUCAGGACAUCAUCGCCAUCUUGGGUAUGGACGAGUUGUCCGAGGACGACAAACUGACCGUGUCCCGAGCCAGGAAGAUCCAGAGGUUCUUGUCCCAGCCCUUCCAGGUUGCUGAAGUCUUCACCGGUAGUCCAGGAAAGCUUGUCUCACUUGCCGAGACCAUUGAUGGAUUCGAGUCCAUUGUCAAGGGUGAGUUGGACCAUCUACCAGAGAUUGCCUUCUACAUGGUAGGCAACAUCCAAGAAGUCAAGGAGAAGGCCGACAGGCUCGCAGAAGAACUGUCAUAAAUCAUCCCCCCCCAAUGUUCAAAUCUAGAGCUUGCAUGGCUACGUGUCCAAGACUAGCCCCACUCGCUUGUUGUGGAUAUUCAGGGCUAGUUGACCAACACUGCCCGUGCCUGCGCCCAAAGAAUUUAUGUUGAGAGUUAUAACUUAUAUCAAGAUUUUUUUUUCUUCUAAAUUGUAAAUGUGAAAUCUGUAAUUUUUGAGUGAAGGAAUUCCAACGUAGCAUACUUUUUGCAUAUGAAUCUGUCUUUUUUUCACCCAUAAGGGAUUGUAAAUUUAUCCAUAAUUAUUCAUCACAAUAAGAACAGUUUCUGCAACCUGCUGCAUCGCUGAUGCUUGAUUUUUAGAUGUCUCGUCUGAUCUAAUGAAAUGAGUACUUGGCAAUUGCCUGGUGUUUUCCAUUAUAGAUAUUGAAAUAUCUUCACUUGUUUUGUGUAGAGCCGUUCACGUAUGACAGAUGAUUGGCAUAUAUUUUGAAUGGAUGUUAUAGAGCUUAACUGAACCCAGUUGCGAUUGUGAUUUCGUUGUGUGAACACAAUCUCAACUGACCUUGAAAAAAGAAAACCAGUGUAUUAAAAAUUAUUUGAAGGUUCAUGAACCAAA